ACAGAAAACAUAGUUUUUAGAGUAGAAGAUCCACUAUACCUACUGGAAGUCCUUAUAAUACUGGUGAGUGUCUGUGUGUCAUUUUUUACUUUAACCUUUGGGGCAGGACGGACAGUUAAUAUGAAUUGACAUAUUUAUGUGAAGUUCAAAUUUAUUUUGAGUAUCAUGCCAGAGUUUUGUCAUAAAUAGUGUCAGUUUUCUAACAUGUCUUUUCCAUUACACCAUAUGAAGGUCUGCCUACCUGUGUAUUCAACACAGAAACUCCUGUAUUGAAAUAAGCUGUAAACUUGAAGCAUCAAUUCUAUUGUUUGGCAAAAAAUGAGGAACAAAAAUUAAGUAAAUUUCUGAAAAAUAUUAGUGGUUUAUAGAUUGGUUAUCACUUACAUUCAUUUGUUGUUGGAGAUAAACAAUUCAGUCUGCGCCUGCUGCACUACCGGUUGCUGGGGCAACAGCAACUGAAGACACGUAACAAAAUGUCACGCGCAAGCAAUUUUGUAACGGUUUUCAUUGCUUUUCACACAGGGACAUACAAAUAAAGCCGUGUCGUUCUUAAUAUCUAUCUAGACGGAGUUUAUGUAACUACAAAAUGUUCGCGUAUGUGCAUUAUUUAGACGACGGUCUUAAAGACUCUGUUAAUGUUAAAGACAUUAAACAUUUUGGUCCAAAAAGUACGACGGAUUUCUCAUCGACGCACACUUACUGGAUUCACCGAAAAGGACGGUUCGCAACAGGACAAAUUUUAUUCAUGAAAGAAACUAGCGAGGAAAUUGAACAAUUUUUGGCAACCGGCAAAAGAAUUCGAGUGCCAAAGCUACUUGAUAAAAUUCCACCAGCAAACAAAACUUCAGAAAGGAAGGAGGCUAAGGAAAAUGCGACAGCACAGAGGUCAAGCAUUGAGGAAGGAAAGCAGACUUUUCUGAUGGACAUUUUAAAAAAGAGACAAGCCUUGAAAAGGAAGCAACAACAAUGUCAACAUCAUUCUAAAACAAGAAGGGAAAAAAAUCUUGUUGACAAUGAGAUAUCAAGUGAGAGUGAAGAUGAACUAAUUCCAAAAUCUAAAUACAACGAACUGGAUAAGAGGUAUAAAUUGCUAUCUCGGAAAUAUCAAGAGGCCAUUGCUGAAGGAAAGGAACUGAGGAAAUUAAAUGUUGAACUUCAGACAUGCUUAGUUGCCAAAAUUCUUUGUGGAAGCAACACAUCUCCAACCUCCAUUCCAGACCUUCCAGUGACAACUGGAAGCAACACAUCUCCAGUCCCCAUUCCAGACAUUCCAGUGACAUCUGAGAGCAGCCCCACAAAAGAAAAAAGAAAAAACCUUCAAACAGCAGUUGAGAACAGUUCUGCUGUUGUUACAUAUCAAAACUCUGAACAAAUUUUGGAAAACCAAGAGGUUGAUAUUGGUGAAGGUGUAUUAAUACACAGUGAAAAAUGGAAGAAGAUUCAGGCUAAUUUAAAGGACAGCCUGUUUGUAAAAGAACUGGCAGUGUGCAUUUGGGGAACAAGCACACUGGCCAACCGUAGCCUGGAAGGAAAAAGUUGCCCCACUACAAAAUCAGAUCCUAGGCCUCCUCUGACACCUCACAAAUACAGAGCAAUUAAAGGUUGCUUUCAAAAGUGGCUGGAAGGCAAAAGUUUGGAAGAAGCAGAGCUGAAAGCCAGAACUGGAAAAGUUGGACGAUAUUUAACAGAAAAAAUUCAAGAUAUCAACAAAAAAAUUAAAUCAAAAAAGUGAAUUUGUUAAAGUAGUGAAGUAGUUGUAUUUCAGUUUCAGUUCAGGUUAUUAAUGCCAAUUAUUAAGUAAUUUAUCUCAUUUAUGUUAUACACAAAUUAUUUUUUUGAUGAUAUUCAUGUAAAUAAACUGAA